UCCGUGGGUCAGCGACACUCAGCAUCUGCCGUCAUCUCCUCUCCUCCACACUACACAACCACACACAUGACCCGCGGCGCGUGCCCCACCCUGGUCCUGCUGGCCGCCCUGCUGACCCUGGCCGCCUCACAGGGCUUCUACUCUCAGCGCUAUGGCAAGAGGAGCGACACCAGAGAGGUUGCAGUUCGAUCGGGCCUCUACGUUAACCGGAACGGACGAUCUACCCUUCCUCAAGGCCUGCCGGAGAUCAAGAUCCGGUCCUCCAGGUUCAUCGGUGGCUCCCGCUACGGCAAGAGGUCUGGCUCCCCUCCCGAGUCUGAAUUCUCCUCUGCUAUCACUCCCGAAGCUGAUGACACCGACAUGACCGCCACUCUCCUCCUGGGGGACUCUGUUCUGUGCUUCCUCGUCGACGUCCCGGACAUCUACCGCUGCCUGAAGAAACCUGCGUCCGAGGAGGCGAACAAUUGAAGUUCCUGAAGAUUGAUGUGUCCUUGGAGUUUGGGGGGGUGGGGGGAGUCAAGAGGCUAAGACCGGCGACACGGACAAGCCACUCACACCAGAAGCACAGCCCAGCAGCGUAAACCUGUGACGCAGACAAGCAGAACUUGCCAGCAGUUCAUACUAGCAGCACAGACCAGUAGAACAUCUCAACAGUUCACAAAUGAAAAGUCCAUUAGCACAAAUUCGCACCCCGGGGUAUUAAAAUAUACCAACAGCACGAAGCACCGAAGAAUUGGUGCUAGCACGAAGCACCAAUUCGGAUAGACUUAUCCAACAUUUAAAACAACUGAGGAUUUUAAUGGGGAAGCUGCAGACAUCUCCCAUUCACCUGACGUCAUUACCAGAGCUGCCUCCUAGCUGUGGUAUAUGUGGUAUCCGCCAGGAGAAGCGUUUCAUCCACCUUCAAGACUUCUCACAUAUGUCACUCAUGCUUCUCCCUUCCCAUAUGACACUCGACCCACAAUACCAUUUCAAUGUUAUAUCAUAUGACGUUUUCUAGGCAGUGCUGUAUUUCCUACCUCCGACACGUCGACAUUCCCAACUUUCCCUAUAUUCCCUAUAUUGCUCCCCAGCCAUGUUCCUUUCCUCCCUGCCACCCAACUCCCUGCCACUCAUCAUCCUGCCACCUGUUACCCAACAUCAAGGCCCCCUAGUAUUAUUUGAUACCCUUUGCAUUACUAAUACUGCAUCUGCUGUCAGCUCACCCCAAUAAUAUAUCACCCUUCUCAAUUCAUUUGACAACAGAAUCCUACUACCUCCCGAGUUCCGCUAUCCGUACAUCAAACACAGUCUACCGCACGUCUCUAUCUUUCUCCUUACGUGACACUCCCAAACCAUCACCCCCCAAGCCCUUCUGACACCCGACACGUCCACCCUUCUUGACCAACCAGUGCCGCUUGAAACACCAACGCCUCUUGACACACACACACACACACACAUACUCCCUGACAAACCCACGCCCCGUGACACUCGCUUAUUGACACUCGCCCCACCGCACUACCACACCUCCUUGACACAUCCACGCUUCCUGUCAUAAAACUACUUAGCACAUUGAAUUAUGAACCCCCGUGUCCCCAGUAUUGAAAAUAUGUACAUUAACAAUGGAAUUGGCAAAAAUCCCAAAUCUAUUGUAUAUAUUUGUUUACGUACUAGUCCUUGAAGCCUACCGACAGUCAAUUGUCAGACGUAAACUUAGUAUUUAACUCUUAAUAAGAAAUUCACUACUUUAUCCUUCUAUAUGCUGGUCAUGAUUUGUGGUUUACAUAAGCUGGGUGUUUAUAUAAGCAUUAAGGGGAACAAUGUUCUCAAACGCUUAAAACUAUUCAAUACUGUUGGAACGUCGUUCAGAACCGCUGGAAUGGAUCAUAACUGCUGGGGAAAUAUUGUAAUUGCUUGAGGAAUCGCCAGAGCGGCAAGAAAGCCUCACAAAAGUCAAUAGACCUGGAUAAAUACUUGUUUAAGAGGUGCUUGUUAAUUUAUAAAAACAAAUUAAUGUGUAAGGUAAAAGAUUAUGAACUCUAGAUUAGUUUCAAGCUAAGGAUAAAAUUGAAUAUGCAUAAAUUUGGUUUGAUAUAAAUAACAACUGCCUCUCAUGGGCCAAAGAGGCUUUUUGCAGUUUCCCCUUAGCCUUGUGUUCUUAUGGUCUGUCUGCUGGAAUUUUGUGACAACUGAUGGACAAAUGUUAAAACUGGAAAAUUUCAUCAUUUCUGGAAACUUAAAACUAGAUUUGCUGUCAAUCAAAGAAGAACUGUGUCUCUGUAUCUUCCCUAAUUCUUACUCGAACCAUCCCAUCCCAUAACAGAUUAUCAGCAUGUAUAGUUUUUCAGUAUACAUGACACUUAUAUCCAGAGGAACCAAAAAAACGGAGUCAAAACCUUACAGUGGGAAGAGAAGCGUAUAUAGCAUGUAUAAAUACAUGUAUACAUUCAUAUAUGUAUACAUAUACGGAUACAUGCACGCAACAAUGUGUCCAUUACACGAGGCUGGCAUGUGAUGAACUUAGUGGUGUUGUUGCUAGGCUUCUCCGCUCUCUGUACCACAAUGCCCCAAAAAAUGUCACCAAUGUGUGUCAGCGAUUUUCAAUAAAAGAAAUACACUAUG